AUGUCAGCGCGCCGCGCGGAGAUCGAGGCGAAGCGCGCGAAGCUCGCUGAGCUGCGGCGCGCGCGCGAGGAGCGCACGCGCAAGAUGCAGGCGGGCGCGGCGCAGGUCACGCCGACGUCGGCGGGGGCGCCGGGCGCCACGCAGUCCGUCGACGAGCUGCUGGCGUCGCUGCUGCCGCCGAAGGACGAGGCGCCGCGGCCCGAGACCGAUGCGGAGGCACCCCCGCCGCCCGCCGCACCGACCGAGGCACUUGCCGAGGGCCCGCCUGCGCCUGCGCCGCACGCCGAGGCCGCUGAGCGGGCUCAGGCAGACGCUGAGCCCGCCCAGGCAGGCGCCGAGCCCGCUCAGGCAGGCGCCGGGCCCGCCCAGGCCGGCGCUGCUGCGCCGCCGCCCGAGCGCAUCCUCUACUCGAAAGAGGUGCAGACGGAUCCUGCGCCCGAGCCGGCCGCGCCCGAGCCGUGCCCGAGCGAGGACGAGGCGCCGAGCGCCGAGCGCCCGGCUCUCCCGCCGGACGAGCCGCGCGCGCCCGCUGUGCAGGCGGCCGCGCCUGUGUCCGACGACUUUACCGAGUUCGUGCAGACCAAGUCGAUGAUUAUGGAGCGGAUCCUGGACGAGCCGUAUGACGUGCUGACGGACUAUACCCAUGUGCCGGCGGACCGCGACGAGGCCGCGCCAGCGUCGAUCCAGCUCGUGUGCACGUUCCACAACGAUACGUGGCUGGCGACGCGCUCCGUGACCGACCUGGACUGGUCCGCGAAGCACCCCGAGCUCGUCGUCGCCGCGUACAACCGGAAGCGCGUGCUCGCGCAGGACGGCGACCACGACGGACUGGUGGCGGUGUGGAACAUGCAUGUGCGGGAGCGCCCCGAGUUUGUGUUUAGCGCGCCGUCCGACGUGGUGUCGGUGCUGGCGUCGCCGUUCCACCCGCACCUGAUCGCCGGCGGCACGUACAGUGGGCAGGUGCUCCUGUGGGACACGCGGCACCGCGACGUGCCGGUGCAGCGCACGCCGCUGGCGUUCGCAGCGCACGGCAGCACGACGCACGCAGCGCCGGUGUACAGCCUGCGCAUGAUCGGGUCCGCGCACGCGCACCAGCUGGUGAGUGCGUCGAUGGAUGGCGUCGUAUGCACAUGGUCGCUCGACAUGCUCGCGCGGCCCCAGGAAAGCCUCGUGCUGACGAACCCGCUGCAUCCGCGCCGCGCCGAGGUGUGCGUGACGUCGCUCGACGUCGCGCCGCGCGACACGUCGCGCUUCCUCGUGGCGACCGAGGAAGGCAACCUGUUUGGGGCCCAGCGCUUUGACCGCGCGGGCGUGCAGGCAGGCCUCGACACCUCGCGCGUCUAUGUGGGCCACAGCGCGCCCGUGACGCGGCUCGAGUGCCAUCCCGCGCAGGCGCGCGGCGAGGCGGCGCCGCACGGGCUCUCGGGCCUGUUCCUGACGACGAGCAUGGACUGGACGUCUGCGCUGUGGCGCAUGGACGCGGCGCCAUCGCCGUCGCCGCCGUCGGGCGCCUACCACUACCCGCACGCGAACCCACGCAUCGCCACGAGCCAGCGGACGAAUCCACUCGCCUUCCGCGCCAGCACGAGCACGCCGACAUGGUCGGCCAUAGCGCCGCUCGUGCGCUUCGAGAACCAGCACGACUACGUGAUGGAUGCGCGCUGGCACCCGCAGCACCCCGCCGUGUUUGCACAGGUCGACGCCAGCGGCCAGCUCGACGUGUACCACGUCGGCCACAGCCUCGAUCGCCCGCUGCUCACCCUGUCGACGCCGUCCGCGCGCGCGCUCAACCGCGUCGCAUGGGACAGGCGCGGGACACUGCCGGAGCACGGCGCCGCCGUCGCGCAGCGGCUCGCGACCGGCGGCGUCGACGGCCGCGUGCAUGUGUACGAGGUCGCCGAGACGCACGUCACCCCACGUGGCGACGCGGACUGGGCGGCGAUGGCGCGCGCGCUGCAGCAGGCGCCGCCUCCGGCGGCCCUGCGCUAG